CUUUAAUAAGAUUGUUUAGCAAAAUUCAGACUUAUCUUAAUUUUCUUAUCAUGCUUACAGGCUGUCACUGGUGUAAAAUUAGACAAUACUAUGUUCAUCUUAACAGUUUACCACCACCUUUGCUUGUCACUACAUACAUUCUCAUUGAUGUGUAUCAUAUUCUUUGGUUUAGGUCCAUAAUGUCGUCAAUGGUGAAAAGUGAGGUCAUUCUCUCAGUUUACGUCGUUUCCUUCCUGAUUGGUUUCCCUGCCAACCUCGUGGCUGUCUAUGCCUUCAGUAAGAAGAUCCACUCCAAGCCACAUCCAACAGACAUCCUGCUGCUCAAUCUCACCGUCUCCGACCUGCUCUUCUUGAUCAUCCUUCCUCUCAAGAUGCAUGAGGCAGCGUCUGGCAUGACAUGGACUCUGCCCAGCUUCAUGUGCUCCAUCACCUCCUUCUUCUUUUUCUCCACAAUCUACACCAGCUCGUUGAUACUGAUGGCAGUCAGUGUGGUGCGCUACACUGCAGUAGCAUUCCCCAUCACCUAUCAGCGGCUGCAAAAACCGGUGUAUGCGAUUAGUAUCUGUGCUGUUAUUUGGCUAAUCUCAGGAGCUCACUGCAGCAUCACUUUCAUCGCCCUACACCACCCAUCCCUGUCCAACAACAACUUCUCUGUGUGCUAUGAAAACUUCACAGAAAAACAGUUGGCGUUCCUCCUCCCGGCUCGCUUGGAGUUCUUUAUUGUGCUGUGCUUCAUACCCCUUCUAAUUUGUGUUUUUUGCUACUUGAACUGCAUCUAUAUUUUGUACAGCCGCCCAAGGAUAUCAAGGAUGCAGAAGCAGAAGGCCAUUGGCAUGGCCAUGGGGACUCUCGCUGUGUUCCUUAUUUGUGUUAUACCAUACAAUAUCUCUCAUUUAAUUGGUUACUUCCAGGGUAAAAGCCCAGAGUGGAGGUACUACGCCUUGCUGCUUAGCAGUUUUAACACUUGUAUUGAUCCCAUCAUCUUCUACUUUUCUUCCUCCAGCUUCCGCUGCACAGGAAAAAAGUCCAUAUUCAGGAAAAAAUGGUCUCCUGCUGUGGAAAUGGAAAUGCAGCGCACAAUGUCCAGCUAA